ACAGCAACUGGAAAGAUCUCGGAACAGGAGCCGGCUACCAUAACCUCCUCUCAAAGUUAGACGAUCGCAGUGUCAUGUCUGCAACCCUGGUCAUUGAUAAGAUAAAGAAAUUCGAUAUUACAGCACACAAGGCUCGGAUUGAAAUGUCUGGUUUCGAAGUGACAACAGGUCUGAUCACUUUGAAAGCUGUCUCAGCCAAUGUGCCAGUGGUCGAUUCUGACUUUGAGGGCAAAUCUGCAUUCUUUCAUGUAGCGUUGAUAUUUGGACCCGAACCAUUAAGUGUAAUGUUAGUUCAUGAACAGAGUGGUAAAGAAGUGUCGGUGAAUUUACCGAGUAUGUCCUCAAGUCCUCUUGAAGUGAACCAUGAGAUGAAGAAAGCAUUUUCCUGUGAUGAUGGGUCUUACUACUUCAAAUUUACGUUCGAGAAUGGCCAACAAUACACAACAAGCAAAGUGAAACUUGCGAUGAAGAGGAGGUGUAGACCCCUCACUAAGCCACCAAACACAGUACUUACAAAGGAGAAAGUGGCCGGCUCAAGCGACUACAAGUUGAAAGUUACCUGUGCUGAUGAUGAUCCUACCUAUGUGAUAAUGAACGAGGAUAGAACUGAGGCCAGGUGCAAUACCACAACGGGAAGAUGGGAUCACACUACUCUUACUCCCUGUUGCAGAACCAUCGACCCGACGGAUGACUAGAUCGAAACAAAUUGGAAAAUGAUUAUUCAUUUAUAUUUUAAUUAUGAGCGAUUGUUAAGAAUAAAACUAAAAUAUGAAUAGUCUAUCGAGGUUCCUAAAUCAUGACUGCUGCUUUAACAAUGUUGAAUGUCUGAUUUUAUUUAAUGAUAGCUACAUUUUCUUUACUAUUAUUUCAUUUUUUCUGUUUUGUUAACUGUAUUCUGACUACAGUUUUUUUUUCCUUUUCAGUUACCUGUCCCUUCUGAAGUUCUGUUUUUUGUAGAUAUAAGUUUUCCCUGUGAAGAUGUAAAAAUAUUAUAAUUUGCGAAUAAAUUCUUG